AUGAGCCUGAGUCUUUCAGGUUUGCUGUUCUUCCUGAUGACCUCAUUGCCUUCAGGGAAUUGUACAUUUGGGAAUAGAGGUGUAGACCUUCGUACUUGCAAUGCAAUUGAGGGUGUUUGUUUCUUUGGUUGUAAGCCAGGAUGGACAUGGAUUGCAUUCUGUAACAACCUAAUGUCCUGUUGUAGACGGGAGAAAACACUGAUCCCACCCCAAGCCAAUGUCAUAUGA